AUGCUCGCCCUUGCCUCUGUGAUGCUUUUGGCUGGCUCUGCCCUGGCCGCCCCGGCCGCGGUGGACGCACGAAGCACCCAGCCCAGCUGCUCAGACAGGGCGACUACCGUCGAUCAGUGGUCGGUCAAAAACUUCGACUUCCACGCCUCGUACACCUUCAGCACGCCUGCGCACCAAAACUCGCAGGGCUACGUCUACUUCACGCUGGAGAACGAGGCCCUUGACUUCAAGACAUCGUGCACAGGUGUAUCCGGCCAGCUUCAAGACUUUUUCUACGGCCAAAUCGUCUACAACUGCACCGCGCCCGUGGGCGGCAACGAGGCCUCCUUCACCUUCAGUCGCCCGUCAAACGAGCUCAAGCUGACCCAGACUUGGACCUGCGCCGACGAGGGAAGCCGUUUCUGGGCGCAGGGCGCUGCCAACCUGACGCUCAAGUGCGACGACAAGACCUGGACCAACCCAGACUGGAAGAUGGGCCAGAUUUACUCUUCCCGAACCGUCUCGUGCGACCUUGUGGAUGCGACUGUUCCCAUAACUUCCAAGCAAGCUGUUGCUUAA